UUGGCACUGCGGAGGAGCACCAAGACGAGGAUGUGAUCGCUUACUAUACUAAUUUCUUAUCCCAUGAAUGAGAAGAAGGUACUGCAUAACUACGCCUAUCUAAGAUGACAACGUCUAAUAGCGUAUUCUUUUAAAAUAUAUGCAAGCGAAAUGAAAUCGUGACAUUGUGAAUUUCAUACUUUCAACAAUAACCAAACUAAUUUACAUAAUGUAGUCAUACGAGGAUUCUUUCAGCGCCAAAACUUUAAUUAAUAGAAAACCAAAUCAUUAUACAGUUACGCGAUUUCAGCUUAUAUUCCUCAACAGUGAAUUUCUAAGACUUCCGUACUUCAAACUCAGCAGGCAGAACACAACUGUACCACGAGCGUUAGUAAUCAAAGAAUGGUAAUGAAUCUGAUACUUUACUUGCCGUGUGCUUGGAAGGUCAACACCAAACAGGAGUAGGGAUGUCUUCCCCGCGACCAGGUGUCAUGGGACGGCAGGUAAACGCAACAGUGAAGGGUGAGCUCCUGUCCACGCUGGUGCUCCUGCUACUCGUCCCCAUAGCGGUGCCAGAAGCUACACAUCACCAUAGCACCGACCUCAUAUGCCACCGCCGUCCCAGUCGUGAGAGACACCCGGCCAACCCUUCAUCCGCCGCCCAGCCUCCCGUCCUUAGCAACGUUACCGCCCACCGCCGCCCCGACACCCUCCAUGGGCACCUCCCACUCGUCCAAGUCUUGUCCAGCGGCACUUUGGAGGUACCGCCAACCCAACGACGCAGAAGUUCGCCCUCAGGAGACAGAGCACUUCGAAGAAACAAAAGACGCUCAGAUGCUUUGCCCUCUCCCGGGAACACAAGACUGGCCAAGUCGAGGAAGAGGAAAAAGCGAAGGCAGAACAAAAAGAAGAAAGAGCGGCUGAGAAAUCUACGGCGAAGUGGCAGAAAAUUUAGAAAACGAAGACGGCGAAUGAAGUUAGGCGGGAAAAGCAUCAAUCACUCUGCUUCAACCGCCUCCGCCUCCCCGUCACUGGAUAGAAGGCCUUUUCACCUCACCAGGGACCCGCACACUCACGGACAUCCCUUCCCAGCGUCACCAUCCACCCAUAACGCCCAUUUGGUGAAGCUACUAACGGGCGGAAACCAAAACUUUCUUAAACCCCGUUCCGAUUCUUCCAAAGAUUCCACCGAUGAAGAAGAAGCUCCGCGGCGUCUCAGUGAACACCCGCACACCAAAAAGCUCAUCUUCCUGCCUCUCAAGAUCGUGAGCGGCGGGAAUAUGGAGUGGCUGCCGUACAAUCCAGACAUCCGGGUUAGCAUCCAAGUGACUGGCGGCCACCAUUAUGACCACACCGAUGAUGCUACUGCUACGACGCGUCCGCCAAGCUCCGAAGACUCCAAGGAAGACCAAGGUACGCAAAAAAAGACUGAAGUGACAACCAAGGCCGGCAACACACACAGUUCGCAGGUUGAUGGGAUGAACGACAAACUCAUCAUAACCCUCAGCAAAACAAACGGCCCUAGUGAAGAGAACACCUUCGACAAGAAAGCUGCUGUUGGUGGCAAGAAGAGAGAGAAGACGAGUCACGCGAACAAGCCGGCGAUACACAGGGACGGUGCCACGAGCGGAAAGGUGAAGGAGGAAGUGGCGCACGACGACAAACUUGGGAAGAGAGAAAGUCCGAAGAGCGACAGCGCGGUGAGCAAGAGUACCAAGAGAAGCAAGGCAGAAGCGAGCGUGUCCAAAGAGCCGAACAAGCUGAACGGCGAGCACAGGGGAAACGGAAGGCAGCGUGCAAGAAGCUCAACGGACAUGGUGGUGGAACUGGCGGACGCUCUCGAGUCUAUCCUCAGAAGUGGCGACGAAAAGCCCACCGGACGCCCUGCUGCUGGCGCCGACCGUGACGCGUGUGACUCCUGGGCCUCGUGCCGGGUGGAGAAGGCGCUGCAGGGUCUGGCCAAGCUCCCCACCCUGCCCUCGUGCCCGUGUGUGUACCCGGCCGAGCUGCCCUACCAGCCUCGCAUUUACGAUGCCGCCCAUGACACCUCCUUUAAGUGGGUCAGUGUGAGCCGCGAGAGGGAGAGGAUCGACGUUUACCACCGCGGGGCCGAGCACUGCAUCCGCUCCCACGUGACGGCCGCCUCCCUCGCCUCGCAAACGUGCUGCUACGACGGGGAGAGAAGAUUGCUUACCCGAGGCAGUGGAGCGGGAAGCCCGGCCCUGGUGAGUCCUCAGGUCAACCUUGCUCUACACUGGCAGGUGGACAUCCUCCCCUGGCUUGCCUGUAAGGGAAACUUUCUCAGGUACCAAGCUGUGAGAAAACCAGACAAUGGGUUAGAAUGUCCCAACAACCCUGACAGCAUCAAGUACCAGCAACAGGUGUACAUGGCUACUGACUACUGAAGGACAUUAAAAAUUCUACUGCCAUUGAUCGACACUGUACCUAAUGCUAUGACCCAGCAAUGGAUUCUUUUUAGUGGCUCUUCUUCAGGUGAUAGGUCUGCAAAUAAUGUGUAAAUAGUAUUAGUGUUAGAGAAGUUUUAGCUAUUCUAUUAAGUGUGUAAUAUGGGUAAAAAAUGCAUUUAUACCAUGUAGAUGAGUGUGUAUGUGUGUGUGUGUGUGUGUGUGCUUAAUUGUGUUCUAACUAAUUUGAGUGAUGCUUUCAUUGUCCUGUCUUUCAAGGUUGUUCAUUCACUCUUAAUAAGUCUAUGUAUGCUUUUGGAACAUGAGUGUUAGGAGAAGCAUUCCAUCUUUAUUGCAGUUACUUUAAGUUUUGUACUAUCAUGAUGUUAACUCCAGUUCAUAUAUUCCUAUUUUUUCCUUAUCACACAUUUACUUAUCAUAGACAUGUAUUUUUCCUUCUCUUCCCAAAGUCAUUACAUAAUCUUUUAGUCCUUCUACAUAGCUAGCAUUCCUAAAGUUGGUACCCAUCAUGUGGCAGCCCUUGGUGUGUCUUCACUCUUUCCUCUCUUCUUAAAUGGUGGUUUCCAUUUUACAGAUACAUGUUGUAUACAUUUACAUUUAUUCAACUUAUAUAAAAUUAUCAUAACUUUACAUGCAAAAGUUACCAAUCAGCACUGUUUGCAAUUAUAGUUGAUUCACUGUUGAUAAUCAGGUGGUCGAUCGUUUAGAUUUUGCAAAAUUAUACUACAUGACAUUUUUCAGUCAAAAACUUAAUUUUUAACUUCUUAGGCAUUCAUAUAUAUCUUCUGGCUCUAGCACUGUCACUUCUAUCAAUCAGUCAUACAUGUAUAAGAAACAACUGGUGCUAACACUGACUAAUUGAACUCUUGAUAGUUACUUUUCUUCCAGCAGGUGUUUUACCUUUGGUCCUUAUUCCUCUUCCUCUUUGAAUUAACCCUAAGUCCGACUUGAUGACUGUUUUAUUUCAGUUACUAAUACCUACCCAUUCUCUUUUCUUGCAAUGCUUGUACUGCUUGCCACAGCAGCUUAAAUUAUUUGUGCAUAAUUUUUCACUAUAUGGCAAUGGAAUAGUGAGAUGUAUAAAGAGAGGAAGCAAUAAAGCUGGGAAGAUUUGAAGUCAGAAGGAGGAGAAAGAUGAAACAAAUAACAAUUCAUAUUACUGUAUGCAAAUCAUAUUCAUAGCUGUGGAAUAAGUUUAGAGGUUUAGGAUCCAAGGAGGUGAAUUGAAGCUCAUUAGGCAUGUCCGUGGCAUGAAAGAAUCAGUGGUGAGAUAAUUAAUAUGUUCAUGGGGGUUUGGACAUGUCACUUAUUUAUUGAAUGUAAAAAUGUGAUAUUGUGGCAUGUUGGAGGUUGCCAAAUGCAACAUCUCAAAAUGUUCUCCUCGCACAGUAAUCAAGGAAAAGUGAUAUCACAAUCAGUUAGAUGCACUGGGCAUAUCAUUGUUUGCUGUACUCGCCGGAGUUUUCUCUAAUCACUGUGGCUAUCGGCACUCCUAACAUAUUCCAAUCCAUAAAGUAAAGGCCCACUUCUGUGCUUAUCACUGCACUUGAGGCUGUUGUUCCUGGUAAAGUUAUGAGGGAUGCAUCAGAUUCAGCCCAUUUCCAAAUGGUAUGAUUUUAAAGGUGCAUGAAAAAAAUAGUGAUGUUAGAAUAUGUACAGACUGAUUGGAUACAUAACUGUAACGUUUAUACUUAACUUCAUUUAAUAUAAUAUAGUAUAAUACAAUAAAACUAUGUAAUAUAACAUUGAACUUCA